GCAGAGAGCAGCACGUUUAUCUACCUGUGUAACCAAAAGAGCUAAAUCACUAGCGGUCAGCCGACAUGGACGAGUCUCUGAAGGAGUACGCGUUCUUCAAGGUUCUGGGCCAAUGGCCCCGUUACUUUGAGAUGGCUCAGGUGGAGGAGAAGGUGGCUCGUGAAGUGAAGAAACUUGGCAGAUUACUGUCACUCGACACUUCAGAACAAACAUCACUGCUGUCGAGCAGUGCAGACCACGACACGGCCGCCACCCUUCCAUGCUCAUCCGAGGGCUCCUCCAGCCACGCCCUCCCCCCCAGCACCGAGUCGUACUCAGUUACCCCUGUCGAUGCCUCACCGGCAGGAGGCGAUGGCAAACGGAACAAAAAGAGAAAACUUUCGGAGCUGGACGUCAGCAGACCGAUCAAAAUAGAGAAAGAUCUGUUUGAGCUGGACGUCAGCAGACCGAUCAAAAUAGAGCAAGAUCUGUUUGAGCUGGACGUCAGCAGACCGAUCAAAAUAGAGCAAGAGCGUCUGUCGGAGCUGGACGAUGAGCCUAAGAGCAGAAAAGCAAGAGGCCAGGGGCGGAAAAGGAAAGCCGAGGGUGAGAAAAGAGCCCGCAAAAGGCGACGCCCUGCGCCGGAGCGAAGCCACUACCCAGCUGCAGACACGACAAGCAGAGUUAACCCGGUUCCACUGCCCCGCCCUGUGAUACCCAAAUACAGACUUCGGUACACUCCGGUGUUAUCUCUGGAACAGAGGGAUCAGUACGUAGCCGACUUCAUGGCUGCUAAAGAUGAAUACAACUUCCUGUACGCUCGGAUCGGAAGGACCCUGCAGCACUUUAAUUACAGAGAGGAACAGCGCAGGUCCAUGGUUCCAGGAUCCGAGCAGUUUCAGGAGGCGAGUGCUCUGAUGUGGUGUGAAUACCAGGAUGUGCUACAGCGCCACCCAGAGUACACUUCAGACUGCACUCGCUACUUUUACCUCCAGUACAAGCUGGCGCACAUCAGGAGGCUCGUCGAUGAAUAUGACCGCUCGUGUGGUCCGUUCAGCUACUGACCAGAGCCUCAAAACCGCAGUCAGCAGGAGUCAAGGGGAUCCAGCGACCCAGAUUCUUAAAUUCUUCAUCAUAUCUCAUUAUAUACCCGUUUAAACAGCGUAACAUGUUUUUAUCCAGCUUUGUUACACAUGCUAAUGACUCUCACGUGCUCUCGGGCUAACCACUCGCCCCGAGCCUCUCUAGCGCAGGACGCUCCUCCCUCCGUCGGCUUUUCCGCUCGCUUUAUUUGUUCGUUUAUUGCGGAUCGAUCUGUGGACCGCUCAUCGUCUUUUAGCUCUGAUCUCAUUGAGGUUCGCCUCAUCUUAAUGCUGGAGUAGCUAGCUAGCACGGCCGCUCCAGCUCCUAACUAACUCCCUAGCUUGCAAACCGGGCCAGCUAACGCGAGCGCUCGCCGUGCCUCCAGUGUUAGCAUUAGCUGCUUCGAGCUGAUAUAGUCACCGACCACUGACUAUACAGUCGUUUAACACUGUUAGUUCUGUAACAUCCCCGGUGAGCGUUUAGCGCCUGGCUCGGUUUACAAGCUAGUCUGUUAGGUGUGUGUGUGUGAGUGUGAGUGUGUGUGUGUGCGGAGACAGAGGUACAAGACGAUGAGCAGUUCACCCCGUCAACGAUAAAUCAACAUCUUAAGGAGCUGAAAACUGACCGAAACGGGGCGUGUCCUGCACUCGAAAAACUCAUUAGCAUGUGUAGCGAUGCUAACCGAUCAGUUAAACAAUCGUAAUCUUCCCCCCCGUCCCCAAACCUACCCACCGUACACGCCCCCCUACCGUACAUGCCCCCCUACCGUACACGUCCCCCUACCGUACAUGCCCCCCACCGUACACGCCCCCCCUACCGUACACGCCCCCCACCGUACACGCCCCCCACCGUACACGCCCCCCCUACCAGCAGAACAUGUAAGAGUGUGAGAUCCCCUCUCCUGCUGACUGAUCAGACCCCUUGUUUGUGUUCUCACCCGUCCC